AUGAACUCGACCGGAUUGUAUCCUUUACAUAGUGUCAUCAUGAAAUCUUUGACAUGGACAAGGGAUUCUCAUGGCCUCUUUGACUAUGAGUCAAGAAAUAUAUGCAAAAAAAGUUUAAAAGCCUACGGACCAUGCGAAAUUUUAAGGAAAGGCAAUGAAGUGAAUCUUUAUACAUCAAUGAAUGGCCACUCACAAUAUACAGCUGAGUCAAAACCUCUUGCUUCCCUCUUUCAGACAGAUACGGGCUUAUUUUUUGUAAAGCCUGUGGAAAACGAGCAACUUUGACUUGUGGUGAGGUCCUAUAAACAGCCGGGCUUAGAAAAUGGUUAUGAACUCUCUGAAGGCGAAGUAGUUAAAUUUGGCCGUGUCAGAUUCAGGAUAAGAUCAAUUAAAACAACUCCCUCAAGGGAGCUUGAUACUAUAGAUGACGAAGCUUUAAUCGUAGACUCAACUAUAGGCAGCGAAUGCAAAAUCUGCAGAAUAUGCCUUUCAGAUGGUAGUGAGCCUGAAAAUCCUAUGAUUUCUCCCUGCAAGUGCUCAGGAUCAGUAAAAUAUAUCCAUUUUAAUUGUUUACUGCGAUGGAUAUCUUCAAGGCUCGCUGUGAAAUCAAACGAAAACUUGAAUUCUUAUUACUGGAAGUCUGCAGUUUGCGAAAUAUGCAAGCAAGAGUUUCCAAUGUCAAUAAAUUAUCAAGGAAGAACCAGUGAACUCUUCCCAAUUGAAAAGCCUUCAGCGCCUUAUUUAAUUCUAGAAGAAAUCAGUAAGGAGAAAAGCAGUAAAUCAAUUCACGUUGUACAUUUAACGACAAAAAAUUCGAUAAGACUUGGGAGAGGACAUGAAAGUGAACUCAGAAUUUCUGAUAUUUCAGUUUCAAGAUGUCAUGCGCAUAUUUUGUUUAGAAAUGGAUCUUUUUACCUAGAAGAUAAUCGAUCAAAAUUUGGAACGCUUAUUGAAGUUUCUGAAGGAUACGCUCUAGACCCGAAUUCGCAGAUUGCAAUGCAAGUGGGAAGGACUGUCAUUUCAUUUUUCGUAAAAAGUGAAGGCCAGACGCAUGCUAAUGAGCUAGACUCUUUAAAUAUGUCACUUGAUGAAACAGUUGCCGAUCCAGAUUUUGAAGAAGAUUAA